AUGAUUGUGUAAAUGUCACUUUCCAAGCCGAAUUGCACGUGUGUAAUUAAAUUAAAUAUCACUGCUCUGUCAAAUGUUUAUUAUUAAUUAAACAAAUAAUAACGAUGGCCGAACAAGAUAACUGCUGGCCGGAUUGGGAUCCCAUGGCCCAGCACUAUAAUGAUGAGAGCUGCAACAAAUAUGAUAGCGUCAACGAAGGUGCUCAUCGGAGCAAUAGGCAAAUUAACUUUCCAUAUUUGAUUAUCAAAAAGAUGAAUGCAUUUAUUACGGAUAAAUUGCUGAGAAAUUUCUUUGGAGAGACCAUUAUUUAUGACAUCGAAUUUCGCUCGGCAUCUCGCGAAUUUUUUGUUUAUUUUCAUAAUAUUGGAUGCGUUGAGGCGGCAUGGACAAAAAUUCGCCAGUUUCCAAAUUAUGUCCAUUGUGUGAAGCGGCAACCAAGACAAAGUCAAUCCGAACUACCCAAUCUACUACACCAAACAGCAGAGACCGCUUUGGCUGUAAGUGAGCCCAACGCCAUAGAUUUGAUAUCACGCAUUAUUCAGUUGUCCACUGGCAACAAAGCGCACCCACAAUUCUUCAAGUCUCCGCUUGUGAUCAAGGCGGACUACACUGCCAGGAACUCGCUAUUGGCCGUAAAUGAUCCCAGUCGACGCUAUCUGAAUGUUAAGUAUGAGUUCGCGCUGGAGCGUCUCAGCCAGGAUAUUGUUGAGAAAGAUCAGGCCGUGUUUCACUUUCGAUGCGGGCGCUUGAUAGUCACUCCCCAACACCAGCUUGAGCCUGAAUCGGCUGUUGGGGAAUCAAAGCUGGCGCUGCAGAUUGUACAAAAGUGUUUGGUCUGUGAUUGCUAUACGGACAACAGCUGCCGAUUCUGUCAGAUGCCCUUCUGCAAUCCAGUCUGCUUUGAUGCACUUGCCGCUGCCCACAAGCAGAGCUGUGCCAAAGGCAUCAGUCCCCCAAUAAUUGAUAAUACGAAUGAUAAAAUGUUGAGCAAACCAAAGCUGCCACCAUCUGGCAGCCAUGUCAAAAUCACUGCCUUUGAGCAGAAUAAUGUUUUGUAUGUGCGCUCAGCGAAGGUAAAGGACGAGGUGGCCUACUACAAGCUGAUCUCCGAUGUGAUGAUGAGUGGCAAGGCGGCGUCUCCGCUCCGUAAGUUGCCACAGUGCGGUCAGUUGGUCAUCUAUAAAUUCGAUAAGCAAAUUGUGCGAGCCAUGGUCCUGAAUGUCGACAAUCCGCAAGCCAUUUGCUUGGUCAGCGUGGAUUAUGGUAGCGUAGAGAUUACCACACUGGAGACCCUGUACGAGUGCAGCGCCUAUUUGGCAUCCUUGCCCCGCCAUGCGGUGCCUGUGCUGCUGCGUGGAGUACCCCGUCGCUAUAUGGGCCCUAAUGUGCGCCACAUGCUCUACGAACUGGACGAAACGUACACCUUUGUGCUGAAGUACUCGCAGCGUGAGUUUGACUUUGAGAUGGGCAUGCAACGCGUGAUCCUCAUCGAGAGCGAAAUGAAUCGCAGCUUGAAUCGUUUGCUCAAAACAAUUGUGUCGCCAGUGGAGCCAUCACUCUCAGACCCUGGCUACGAAGAGAAUUAUCUGCAGCACGUGCAUUUGCCUACGGGGCAUGGCAUCGAUUUGGUCAUCAUGGACAAUACGUUCAUCAAAUUUGGGGUGAUCCACUGCACCACAUUGGAUUUUGCCUACGAGGUAACACAGAUGCAGCGCGACAUACAGUUCUAUGGGGAAUCCAUUGCCAAAUGUGCAUACUAUGCACCGCCUAAAAAUGAUUUGUGCAUUGCCAAGUAUCAGGGAAAAUGGUGCCGUGGCCUGUGCAUGGAACUGGUGGGCGAUGGAUAUCCGAGCAUUUUGUUCAUCGACUACGGCAAUAUUGUACCAGUUCAUGUCGAUGACAUACGUCCGUACCCGCCGCAAUUUACAUUCGCCAUACUGACCACCGAAUAUGAACUGAUUGGCCUGCCAGCCGAGCCAAGCGAUGAGCUGUUGACCGGCCUGGAAAAGCAUCUGGCAAUCGGUUCGAUUGUCAACUGUGACGAAGUCAUGUACAAUGAGCUGGAUAACAAUUAUUCGCUGCGCAUAAGCGCCGUACAUGCGCUCAUGAAGUAA